AUGACGUUGAGAACUUACGGAGAUAAACCGAUCAGUUUCCAGUUGGAAGAAAAUGGAGAGUACUACUGUGUUGGAUCUGAGGUGGGAAAUUAUCUUCGCCUCUUUAGAGGAUCCCUGUACAAAAAAUAUCCUGGAAUGUUCAGGAGGUCCAUAACCAAUGAAGAAAGACGAAGGUUGAUUGAACUCGGUUUGAGCCAGCAUGUUCUAGCCAGUAGCGUAUCAUUGCUUAGAGCAGAAGAAGUUGAAGAUAUAAUUGAAGGAAAUGAUGAAAAGUAUAAAGCUGUAUCUGUACACACUUCCGAACCUCCUAUGCCAAGAGAGGGAAAAUCCAAGAAAAACAUGCAGUGGGUACCUUCGUUACCCAAUUCCAGUCACUUAGAUGCCGUUCCACAAGCUACAUCUAUUAAUAGAAACAGAGUAGCUGCUAAAAAGGUGAGAACAUUUCCACUAUGUUUUGAUGACACCGAUCCCCAAAUAAACAUAGAAAAUGCUUGUCAACAAGAACUGCUAGUUCCUAUUAGACUUGACAUGGAAAUCGAAGGACAGAAGCUCAGAGAUACAUUUACUUGGAAUAAAAAUGAGAGUUUAAUAACACCCGAACAAUUUGCUGAAGUCCUCUGCGACGAUCUUGAUUUAAAUCCUUUAACAUUUGUACCAGCGAUUGCUCAAGCGAUUAGACAGCAACUCGAUGCAUUCCCCACAGAACCUCCUAGUAUUAUAGAGGAAACCUGCGAUCAAAGAGUCAUUAUUAAGUUAAACAUUCACGUGGGAAAUACAUCUUUAGUCGAUCAAGUCGAAUGGGAUAUGAGCGAAAAGCAAAAUAAUCCCGAAGAAUUUGCGUUGAAACUUUGCGCAGAAUUGGGUCUUGGUGGUGAAUUUGUCACUGCGAUUGCUUAUUCUAUUAGAGGUCAGCUCUCUUGGCACCAGAGGACUUAUGCUUUCAGUGAAGCACCUCUUCCGACUGUAGAGGUACCAUUCAGAAAUCCCAGUGAAUCGGAUCAGUGGGCUCCGUUUUUGGAAACCUUGACUGACGCGGAAAUGGAGAAGAAAAUUCGCGACCAAGACAGGAAUACUCGUAGAAUUAGAAGAUUGGCUAACACUACGCCGGAUAGGAUGUCUGAAAUAGUAAUUAAGCAUUACAGAUGA